AUGCUUUUACGGUUGCUCGUAAUAUCGGUCAUUAGCUUGACUCUUAUUUUGGGUGGCGAUGUACAGCCGAGUCAACGCAAAAAGAAGGCCGUCAUUACGUCACUUCAUGCGAAAUGGUCACAAACACCGUUUUUGGCCGAAACGAGGGGCUACACCGAGCAAAUAGACGUGAGCCGAAGCCCAUACGUAACCUCAUCGCCGGGUGGGCAUGCCUACUACGCUGAAAAAUGUGUCUAUUUGCGCGUGUGA